UUGAAAUGCUGGAAGGCAUGUGCUUGCGAUCGCCAGCAGAGCUCUCCGGGUAAAAAUGCGGGGGCAGUAAGCUGAGAAGAUUGAAAUGAGUAACAGCUGACAGCUUGGAGAGCAUUCAGGACUCUACGGGUCUCAUGUACCUAGCCCGUACCUAUAUUGCCUCAGUUCUGCAGGAGAGAAAGUUUCCGUCAUAUGUUUGGAAGUGAAAACUCUUUGAAAACUGUAGCAAUCACCUACCUGCAAUGUGAGUACAUAAAUGAGUCCCUUGCAGAGAGAGUACUUCGAGCGCACCACCAAUUGAGAAAGGUAAACCACCAGCUGAAUUGGGAUUUGACCAAGAUCUGACACAAAAUGGAGACUGAUGGGGCCACAACAGAAGGACAGACUGUAGCGAUGGACACAGCGACUGCCACCACUGCAAGCACGACCCCAUCUCCUUUCAGCACUCCAGAGAAAGUGCCUAUUUUCGUUGAGGUCUGUUUGAAGCCGACAAGCACCGCCUCUUUGGACGAAGUCAAACGCGCAGUUGAGAGGAUGCUGAACAAGCGAAGCCUGUCCUAUGUUGACGGGCCAAUACCCUACACUCCUGGAGAGGACCCUUUCAUCGACGCGCAUGUCCAGAGCAUCAGCAUAUGCGACACAGAUCGAAGAGGGGACGACCAGCGGGUGCUUCUCUUCUGGCAGGUGGCGCUUCAGAUUCAUGUGUAUCAGCUCAGCGAAGACGGCCCGGCCGAGGAGCUGGAGGGCGACGAGGACAUUGCGACGUUCCACGAGUGGCAGCUCCCGGCGCGCGACUUCCACGGCCUGUGGGAGAGCCUUAUCUUCGACACUGGGGUCAAGCAGCGGUUGCUCCGGUAUGCCGCUAGCGCGCUGCUCUUCUCCGACCGGGGGGUCGACCCGCAGCUCGUCUCCUGGAACAGGGUAGUACUUCUGCACGGUCCUCCCGGGACGGGCAAGACGUCGCUUUGUAAGGGCCUCGCGCAGAAGCUGUCAAUCCGCUUUCGUGACAGGUACCCGCAGGCGCAGCUGGUGGAGGUGAACGCGCACAGCCUGUUCAGCAAGUGGUUCUCGGAGAGCGGCAAGCUGGUGACCAAGCUCUUCCAGAAGAUCCAGGAGCUCGUCGAGGAAGAGGGGAGCCUCGUCUUCGUGCUCAUUGAUGAGGUGGAAAGUCUAACAGCCGCCCGGCAAGCAGCGCUCUCGGGUUCGGAGCCUUCAGACUCAAUACGGGUAGUCAACGCGUUGCUCACGCAAAUCGAUGCCCUCAAGACGCGGCCGAACGUCGUGAUCCUGACCACCUCGAAUAUCACAGCCGCUAUAGACGUCGCCUUCGUUGACCGGGCGGACAUCAAGGCGUAUAUCGGCCUCCCCUCUCUCCAAGCCCGGUACGAGAUCCUCCGGUCAGCGGUCUACGAGCUGGCACGUGCCAAGAUCAUCGCGCUGCCCGAGGGAAAGGCGGAGGCACCCUGGGGGCCCUUCCACGGAGGCGCGAGAAGCCAGCGAAGCGCUGCUCGAAACGUCACGGGCCUGCGAGGGCCUCAGCGGGCGGGCCCUGCGAAAGCUCCCCUUCCUGGCGCACGCGGCGCACGUCGGCGGGGGGCACUGCACGUGUCGGAGCUUCAUAAGCGCCCUGCACACGGCCAUAAGCAGCGAGCUGGCGGACCGAGAGGAGAUGGACGGGCGGAUACGGGGCACGUGACUCUGCUGGUCCGAAGCGGGCGUCAGCCGCCGUUCUGACAGAUUUUACGUUGCGACUUGUAUUCACAAGCAUUCAUUCAAGGUGCAAGAGUCCAGCAAUGCACCACAGUCGAGGGACGCAGAUGUAAGGUCCAUAAGAUCAUGUUGAUAACUUUUCUCCUGAAACAGCUGCCUUUCUGAGUUGCUAAGCAAGCAGCAGGGGAAAGCGUGAACGCUACGUUCAAAGC